AUGUCUUACAACGACGAUGGCCGACAAGGUGGCGGAGCUUCCAAUGACUACUACAAUGGCGGACAAGGAGGAGGACGUGACGACGGGUACGGAGGCGGUCGUCAGCAGGAUGGUGAUUCAUACGGAAAUGGACGGCAGGAGGGCGGAGGCGGCUAUGGAGGAGGGAGACAGGAAGGCGGUGAUGGUGGAUAUGGAGGAGGAAGACAGGAAGGUGGUGGUGGAUAUGGAGGACAGGAUUCAUAUGGUGGAGGUCGUCAGGGAGGCCGUCAAGAGGGAGGAGGGUAUGGUGGUCAAGAGUCGUAUGGAGGCCGCCAGGAAGGAGGAUUUGGACAUCAGUCCGAUCACCAGCGACCUGAAGGCUCUUACUCCCAAGGACAGAGCUCUGGCUCUGGAUACGGACAAUCCAGUGGAACAUCGUACGGUGGUGGAGGAAGCCAUUCCAAUGAUUUCUCUGGAGCAGAGCAGGAAGCUCAUCAACAUGCCGGUUCAUCAGGCGAUUCCAACAUGUUUUCGUCCGUGCUAGGCAUGCUCUCUGGCCAGCAUCAGCAGGUGCAGAACGAGCACUUGGAUGAGGAUGAUGCUGUCCGACAGCACCAGAAUUUCUACGGAGGCGGAGGUGGUGGGCAGCAAGCUUCUGCCGGAAACAUGGGGAGUGCAGCUGCUAUGCAAGCCUUGAAGAUGUUCCACGGUGGCGGCGGCCAAUCUGGAGGCCAAUCUCAGGGAGGUGGUCAGAAUGCAUUCAUCGGCAUGGCCAUGGGACAGGCUGCCAAGCUGUUCGAUCAGCAGAGUGCUCAAGGCAAUGUUCAAGGGGGUGCGAACAAGCAGGAUGCCGUUGCGAGUGCGGCGAAGAUGGCCUUGAAGUUUUACAUGAAGUCGGAAAUGGGUGGUGGCGGUGCUGGAGGAGGAUCUUCCGGUGGUGGUGGGCUUGGUGGCUUGAUGAACAUGGCCUCCAAGUUCUUGAAGUGA